CCUCCGAUCCGAUCUGUUCGCUUUUCUACUUCUCCUAGUGGGCAUCGCUUCUGAUCUCCUUGUUCUCGUUACCAAAACCCUAGCUUGCAGCGUGCUUUGUGACCUUUGCAGUUGACGGAGAUCAACUGCAGCACUGGAAGCGAGGACCUGACCUGGCUAACGAAUAGUUAAAUUCGGCUUUGCGAUCGCGCCGUCGCAUCCGAUCGCCAGAAAAAUGAAGAAGGCCAAAGCUCCGAAGGCCAAACUCGAGCAUCAGAACGGUCACGGUCUCCCCUUCAAGUUCGCGAAAUUACUCGAUCCGGAGGCCUCUUGGGACAAGGAUCAAUUGGGGGAUGUUCUGCAUUGGAUCCGGCAAGUGGCGGGUUUGAUGUGUGGAUUGAUCUGGGGCGCAAUCCCUCUUGUUGGUGCAGUAUGGAUUUUAGUAUUUCUGGUGCUUUCAUCUGGUAUUAUAUAUGUAUACUAUGCUCAAAUUCUGAAGAUUGACGAGGAGGAAUUUGGAGGCCAUGGGGCGUUGCUUCAGGAAGGGCUAUUUGCUUCAUUCUCUCUUUUCUUGCUUGCCUGGAUAGUAGUAUACAGCUUGGCACAUUUUUAGGAGCGUCUAUCUCCAUCGAAGUUUUAUCCUGCUUGAAGUAGCAGAUUGGGCCGGCUCCACAAUUCUCUUCCUUUCUUUGCAUCUUUAUUGUUUGUUUUUUUUUUCCUUUAGAUCUUCAAUUUGGACGGUAGAGGCAAUACUGUCAACUUUUUGAAACAGAUUUGUGCUUGGCAUUCUCAUUGUACCGUCCAAAAACUCUAAAGCUUUAUUUUGUAAUAACCAACUUUUUUUUUUUUCUUUAAUUCCUUCUUCAAAUCAUGAGAUUUGAGUAAAUGAAGACUGCACGAUACUCUGCAUCUCCUAUUUUGAUUGAUGAGCAGAGCAAUUCUUUGUAGUACUUAUGGGCUUGUGUUGGAUCAUUUCAAGAUUAUGAUGGCUUUGUUAUUAGAUGUUUA